AUAGUUGUCAUGGUUACUCCUCCAUUUGACUAGUUCAGGAUGCCUCUAUUGGAAAGCCGAUCUGUUGUCGCAAGUUGGAAUAUAGUUCUUCCGGAAGGGGAGUUUCUCAUCGAAUUUGAACACGGAACAACCUCCGGUAAACGUGUAAUAUGGAUUAAUGAAAUCGAAUACCUUCGAAGGGAUUGGAUGUUUCGUCUAGUUGGACCUGAACAUUUUCGUAUUGGACGAUUUGAUUGCAAACUGGACGUUGAACCGGACGGGACCUUUGGCUUACUUUACUCUUUAUUUAUAAAUGGUCAAAACAUAGAUGAAUUCCAAGAGUUUAACAAAAAGAAAUGGAUGACUUGGAAUGUUGAAUUUGGACCAGGAAACCGACACACUGUGUUGUUUGAAAAAGACACUACUGAUGUUUGGAUUAAUGGAAGCAAAAUUGAUUGUGAGGUUCAAUUCAUUGAUGGGGGUAACUUAACUAGAUUCUCUGUUAAUGGUACUCCAGUGGUAAUCAAAUCACUAUCAAGUGGCAAUAAAAAACAAGGAAUGAUUCACCAAUUUAUUUUGGGAAAUGAAAUUUUACAACCUGACAUCGACAGCAAAUGAGGAAUUUGAACUUUUAGUUCCAGAAGAGUAGUUGACUCAUUUCUCGGGAGCACAUUUUUAG